UGGUAACACUGGUGUUAUUUUUAUAUAAAAUCAGGCGACCAUAUAGUCGUGAUGCUGCCAUCUAUCCAUUACUUACAUAAAUGUUUCGUAAUAGGGAAUGCAAACUUGAAUUGAUUUCAAACGAUUUUGGUGUGAUUCGAAUUUCACCUUUGCAGAUUGAAGAAACAUUCAUUCGUAUUUGGUGUCAUCUCCGGUAGAAGUGUACGGGGGUGAAUUUAGCUUAUUUACUAUUGUAUAGAAAAAUGUUGAAAGUAGCUCGUUAUACAGUGAAUGUAAUUCAAAAAUGCAAUUUUUCAAGCGCUCUGCCAAAACCACAUUCGACUCCUGAUGUUCUUUAUUCUGGGAUUUUCAUCAACAAUGAAUGGCACAAAUCGCGUUCAGGGCAAACUUUUCCAACAAUCAACCCUGCUUCUGGUCUUCCCAUCACAGAAAUUCAGAAGGGAGGCAAAGAAGACAUUGAUCUAGCUGUAGAUGCGGCAUGCAGUGCCUUCCAGUUCAAUUCAAAAUGGCGAACCCUGGAUGCAUCAGAUAGGGGACGACUACUUUACAAAUUGUCUGAUUUGCUGGAAAGAGAUGCAGUAUAUGUGGCUAGCCUGGAGACUUUGGAUAACGGCAAGCCGUUCCGCGAUUCGUACCACAUCGACGUAGCCAGCAGCAUAAAGGUACUGCGAUACUGUGCGGGAUGGGCGGACAAAUUGCACGGGAGGACGAUCCCGGUAGACGGAAAAUACUUUGCGUAUACCAGACAUGAGCCCGUUGGAGUUUGCGGACAGAUUAUCCCCUGGAAUUUCCCUUUGCUGAUGGCGGCUUGGAAAAUCGGACCGGCCUUGGCUACUGGCAACACGUUGAUCCUGAAACCCGCCGAACAAACCCCUUUAACAUCACUAUAUUUGGCGGAACUCACUAAAGAGGCUGGAUUCCCAGCAGGUGUGGUUAACGUAGUACCUGGCUUUGGGGAUGCUGGUGCAGCUCUGGUUGCAAAUACCAAGUGUGGACUGAGGCCUUACCUUACCGACAUAAUUUUAUUGAGAGUAAACUGACAGAAGCCUUACACAAUAUGUCGGAUGAAGAAAGAAGACUUCAUAGACCAGUAUUAUUCAAGUCAAUUAAACUAUAAUUUGGUCGCAUUUUCGAAAAUAGUAUGUUUUUCAAAUUCAAGCUCCAAAUCAUACUUACAGGUAGAUAAAAUCGCUUUCACCGGAUCCACCGAGGUAGGCAAGAAGAUCCAACAAGGCUCAGGCAUGUAUAAUUUGAAACGUACGUCUCUUGAACUAGGCGGUAAAAGCCCGAACAUCAUCCUGGCUGACGUUGACAUAGAAAAAGCAGUAGAAGCAGCACAUUUUGGUGUAUUCUUCAACCAGGGGCAAGUGUGUUGUGCAGGAUCCAGGACUUUUGUUGAGGACAAGAUCUAUGAUGAGUUUGUCGAGAGGUCCGUUGAAAGAGCCAAGAAGAGGACUGUAGGUGAUCCGUUCCAUCCAGAGACAGAACAGGGUCCCCAGGUGGACGAGGAACAAAUGAAGAAGAUAUUGUCCAUGAUAGAGGAAGGCAAGAGGCAAGGUGCUAAGCUGGUGCAUGGUGGAGAAAGGCACGGGAGCGAAGGAUACUAUGUGAAACCUACAGUUUUCAAGGACGUUGAAGAUCAUCACAUUUUGGCCAAAGAAGAGAUAUUCGGUCCAGUUCAGCAGAUCAUGAAGUUCAAACACCUAGAUGAACUGAUCGAGAGAGCGAAUAACACGAAUUACGGUUUGGCAUCCGCUGUCUUCUCCAAAGAUCUGGACAAAGUGAACUACCUGGUACAAGGAAUCAAGGCCGGCACAGUGUGGGUGAAUUGCUACAACGUACUAGGCUGCCAUCUACCGUUUGGCGGUUACAAAGAUUCAGGUAUCGGUAGGGAGAUGGGCGAUUAUGGAUUCCAACAGUAUCAGGAAGUCAAGUGCGUGGUAACAGCUGUACCCACGAAAAACUCGUAAAUUUCGCACAAUAUAUGUUUAAUGUUAUAUAUUUUGUUACUUGUGUUUUUGAAUGAUACAAAUGUUAUUUUGGAUACUUUAAAUACUUAUCAUUAAAUAUUUUUACAGUAAAA